CUCGGCAGCGCUGAGCCGAGAAAUGGAGCCUGAAGUGCAUUUGGAAAUUGUUGGUUUGAUGAAAAAGCAUCAUUUUCAAGUCGCUAAAAGCAUCGCGGAGGUAACCAGAGAACCGCGACCGCCUGUUGACGGGCUCAAACAUAAAUUCCCCACCUCGUUUGUUGAGCCCACCGUCCGGCCGCUGCUCGAGAUCGACUGGCAUGUUUAUCUGACCAGUAAAAAGACGGAGCUGCAGGGGGAGGUGUGGCCGUACAGCGGGAGCCUGAUGUGUUUUGUGAAUGGCCAGUUGCUCGGGGAUGAGAAGGAGCUGUCCAGGUGGGCAGAGAAGCAGUGGGGGUUCACUUUCUACCGCCCGCCCGCGCUUUACGCCGCCAUCACUGACAAGUGCUACCGGCAGCACCUGCGCAGCACCGGGCAUGUAUUUGUAUAUAUGGACGUUGAGAUCGGGGGGGAGGCAUCUGGUCGGCUGCUGUUUGAGCUCUUUUCAGAUCUGUGUCCCAAGACUUGUAAAAACUUUCAAGCUCUUUGCACUGGAGAGGCAGGUGUGUCUGAGAACCAGCUCACGCUCUGUUACAAGGGCUCGUUGUUCCACAGAGUGGUGCCUAAUGGCUGGGUGCAAGGAGGAGAUAUUACUCCAGCAGGGAAAGGUGAUGGUGGAGAGUCCAUUUAUGGUCCUACAUUUGAAGGUGCAGAUGAGAGUUUUGCCGUGUCUCACAGCAAGCGAGGUAUCCUUGGAAUGGCCAAUCGAGGUCGUCAUAGUAACGGUUCCCAGUUCUACAUCACUCUACAGCCAGCCCUGUGGAUGGACAGAAAUUAUGUGGCCUUUGGGCAAGCGGUCGAAGGCACAGAGGUCCUAACUAAACUAGAAGAAGUGCCCACUUACAACGAAAGGCCCAAACUGGACUGCAGGAUAGUUGAAUGUGGGUGGUUUGAUCCUUAAUUGGUUCGUGGUCCUGGAGAACCUCCGGCCCUGUACGUUUCAGGGCUUUUCCUGCUCCCAGCACACCCACUUCAAGUCAUGAAGGGCUUCCUAAUGAGCUAAUUAGUUGGAUCAGGUAUGUUGGGAACAGCGGAAACACUAAAAUGCAGCACAGGGGAGACUCCAGGGCCAGGAUUGGGAACCACUGUGCUAGAGGACACGAUACUGAGUGACUUUAUAUGGUCUAAACGUCUGCUGUGGUAUUUAAUUGGACAGAUUUUUUUUAUUGUAGAAGAUGCACCUUGAAAAAUCCAUUCCCUUUAGCUAUUAUAAAGCAUAUUUUUUGACGAAUUGUAUUUUUUAAUUUGCAUUUGCUUUGUUAACUGAUAUUCAAGUGAGCCAUAUUAAACAUUUGUGCUGUUUGCUUUAACUGUGUCAUUCUGUGCCAUUGAUGUGUGACUUCAUGUGUCAAUUAUUGAUUAUUCCAACUUCCUGCAGGUGGCAGUAUAAUAAUUUUGAUUGGAAAAUAAUGCUGAUAAAGCUGGUAUUUAACAGCUCUGUAACCAGCUGUCAGGUUUGUCAUCCUGAGAUACUUUACACUCUGUUGGCACUUCAGAAAAGGACACGUAUAUCUUCUGAACUCUGGGCACUAAUGUACACUGAAAUGAACUGAAUAAAGAUAUUUUUGGCUACA